UGUAGGGCCAAUAGCGCUCCGCGGGUGGAACCCACGUGUGCUCGGGGCUCCCGUGUGUCAUGUCGGCGGGGGGCUCCGGGGCUGCGCUGUGGGGGGUCCUGGCCGCCUCCUCCGCGCUGCUCCUCUUCAUCUUCCUCAUCAGACAAGUCCUGAGACAACGGAGACCCCCGGGCUUCCCCCCCGGCCCCCCAGGGCUGCCGCUGGUCGGUAACAUCCUGGCCCUGGCCGGGGACCCGCACGUCUAUAUGUGGAAGCAAAGCAAACUGCACGGAGAGAUCUUUAGCCUGGACCUGGGAGGCAUCUCCACCGUGGUGCUAAACGGCUAUGACGCUGUGAAGGAAUGUCUCGUGCGCCAAAGCGAUGUCUUUGCUGACCGCCCUUCGCUGCCGCUCUUUCUCAAGUUGACCAAAAUGGGAGGUCUUCUUAACGCCAAGUACGGGCGCUGCUGGACCGAGCAUCGGAAGCUGGCGGUCAGCUGUUUCCGGAAUUUUGGUUACGGGCAUAAGUCGUUUGAGGGGCGGAUCUGCGAGGAAUCGUCCUUCUUCCUGGAUUCGGUGGACACCUAUAAAGGGAAAGCCUUCGACCCCAAGCACCUGACGACCAUCGCUGUGUCCAACAUCUCCAACCUCAUCCUGUUUGGCGAGCGCUUCCGCUACGACGACGGCGACUUCCUGCACAUGAUAGAGAUCUUCAGUGAGAACAUCGAGCUGGCGACCAGCGCCUGGGUCUUCCUGUACAACGCCUUCCCCCUCAUCAGUGUCCUGCCCUUCGGGAAGCACCAGCAGCUCUUCCGGAACGCCAGCGAGGUCUACGACUUCCUCCUCCAGAUCAUCCAGCGCUUCUCCGAAAACCGCUCGCCGCAUUCACCGCGGCACUUCAUAGAUGCGUAUCUGGAUGAGAUGGAGCUCAGCGCCGCUGAUCCCGACAGCACUUACUCCACUGAAAACCUCAUAUUCUCUGUAGGGGAGCUGAUCAUCGCGGGGACAGAGACCACCACCAACGUCCUGAGGUGGGCGGUCCUCUUCAUGGCGCUGUACCCCAACAUACAAGUUCAGGUUCAGAAGGAAAUUGACCUUGUGGUUGGACCUAACAGGGCCCCGUUCUUCGAGGAGCGCGGCAGCCUGCCGUUUACCGAGGCCGUCCUGCACGAGGUCCUCCGGUUCUGCAAUAUCGCCCCCUUGGGGAUUUUUCACGCCACUUCCAGAGACACCGUCGUGCGUGGCUACUCGAUCCCAGAGGGCACCACGGUCAUCACCAACCUCUACUCCGUCCACUUCGACGAGAAGUACUGGAGGGACCCGGAGAUCUUCUACCCGGAGCGCUUCCUGGACAGCGCCGGCCGCUUCACCAAGAAGGAGGCGUUUGUGCCGUUCUCAUUAGGGAGGAGACAUUGUCUGGGGGAGCAGCUCGCCCGCAUGGAGCUCUUCGUCUUCUUCACCGCUCUUCUCCAGCGAUUUCACCUCCAUUUUCCUCACGGUUUUAUACCAAACCUGAAGCCGAAGCUGGGGAUGACGCUGCAGCCGCACCCGUACCUCAUCUGUGCCGAGAGACGCUAAACCAGGGGCCCGAGCCGCGCCCUGGUCUAUGACCGAUCUGAAUCACCGAGUGCAAUAGACUGGAAGCUGCAGUUGUCAGAUAUCCGACAACUGGACAUAACGGUCCAGAGCGAGAAGCAGCGGCUGUAACCCCCUCCCCCACAC